CCCUCAUCGAGCCAUUCGCGCCCUGCGAAUUUCCUCUUCACCAGUAUCACCUCGCGCCCGGCCAAUGGCAUAACACGUCGGGGCAUCGCGAGAACAGCACUUGAGGGAGCAACUUGUUAUCAGAUGCAUCAGCCCUGUAGCGAGGAUUCGGAAGAAGGGACUUGGGCCUUGCCUAGACGAGGGGCAUUGGUGGGGGACGAGCAACCUGGUAUUCGCGUCCAUCGCUGUUCCACCCUGUCGUCAAUUCUGCCCGUCGUCACUGCUUCAUCGUCGUCUUUCUUCCUUCGCCAAUUCCCGGGAUCCAGCCUCUUUUCUACAACAAUACGGCAUUAAAUAAUCACCACUUCUACGCCACACAUCCUUGCUGCAGCUGCAGCUACUGCUCGUGAACAUGUCUCCCGCAGCCAUCAGGCAGCCGCCAACAAUCAAGGCGAGCACCGGCGGCGGCGGCGCCAAGUCAAAGACCAAGCGGCCAAAUGCCGUCCGCCGCAUUAUGGACCGGGAGCAGAACCGAGAGCGUCGCGAGAGAGAGUCAUCGGUGGCCGCAUCAGCCAUCAGCAACCCUGCCGGCUUGGCGGCGCGGCCCUCUCGGUUUCGCUGCGCAAACAAGAAGUGCAAGAAUCCAAACGUCCAAGACGGAACUUGUCAGUCUUGUGGUCAAGUCGCCGACGACAGCAACAUCGUCUCGGAGAUCACCUUUGGAGAGGCCGGGAAUGGCGCUGCUGUUGUGCAGGGAAGUUAUCUCGCCGCGGACCAAGGCGGUGUCCGCCCAGUCGGCGGUCUUGCCUUCCGCCGAGUCGCCGGCGGCGGCGCGAGCGAGGCCCGUGAGCGGAGUCUGCGUGAGUCAAAACAGCUCAUGACCGACUUUGUAUACCAGCUCAGGGUUCCCGUAUCCUUGGUUGACAGCGCUUUCCGCCUUUACAAGAUUGCCUCCUCUCACAACUUCAUCCAAGGCCGCCGAAAGGCCAACGUGGCUGCCAUCUGCAUGUAUGCUGCGUGCCGGAAGGAGAUGAACAACAAAGUCAUGCUCAUUGACUUGGCUGACAUCAUCAAGACCGACGUCUUCCUUCUCGGUCGUAGCUACAAGGAGUUCCUCGCCCAGUUCCCGGAUCAAGCCAAUGGCACGCAGCCAAUUAUCCUUGAGGACCUCAUUUUCCGCUUCGCCUCAAAACUCGAGUUUGUUCACGAGACCAACAAAGUUGCCGAGUCCGCUGUCCGUAUCGCGGCCCGGAUGCGUUUCGACAAUAUGACACACGGUCGCAGACCUGCUGGCAUCUGCGGUGCUGCCCUUAUCAUGGCUGCUCGAGCCCACAACUACCGCCGCACUGUCAGAGAGGUUGUCUACAUUGCCAAAGUCACCAUGGCCACUAUCCAAACCCGCAUGGAGGAGUUUGCCAAUGUCCCUUCGGCACAGAUGACAAUCGCCGAGUUCCACGACAAUGCCUUCUUGGAAAACGCCGAGGACCCCCCUGCCGUGAUUAAGCAGUCCAAGCUUAAGAGGGAGGCGCAGGCGCUUGCUCAGACCGAAACUCAAACCGGUGAGCCAACCGAGGGUCAGGGCCGCGAGAAGCGUGCAAGAGCUGCAUCCGGUGUCCCUUCGACGGCUGGGCAGGGGUUACCUGCCCCCGUCGCCGGCAUCCUAACCCCGGCCCCUUCGGCAACACCGGCAACUGCGACAGCUCUUGACAAAGACGGGUUUGUGGUCCCGCCCCUCCCGCAACGCACCGCUGGCUCCACUUCUACUCAACCGUCUUCUCAACUUGACGACCAGCCAAUGUCAGAUACUGCCGCCGAUGGCAGGCAGCCAGACGACCAACAGCCAGACGACGAGGAGCUAGAGUCCUUGGCAGAUCAAUUUGGUGAUGAGCCCGCCGAUGAGUCAGACGACGAUUCCGAUCUCGAUCCCACCAGUGAGAUGGCAAUGGCAGCUGCACAAGGAAUCGAGAUUCCAGGCCAGAAGCGCAAACGCCCAGAAGCACCAAAAGCCGUCGAAACACCCGUCGGUAGUGUCAGUCCCAAGGAAAAGCCCACCAAGGCAACAGAAAACAAAGUCCGAGAGAAGAAACCAGUGAUAGCUUUGCCCAUCGACGAGGAGUGGGAGAUGGACGAGGCCAAUCUAGAGCAGGAGAUGGAGAGUCACUUGCAAGAUCCAGAACUGCUUGGCGCCUCUGAAGUCGUCGCUAAAGAUGUUCAAGCCAAACGCGCCCGGGAAUCAGCUGCCAAUGCGACAGGCGAACAGCUUCCGCCAGCCGAGGCAGGUGGUGACGAUUACGACAACACGGACAGGAGUAACGAGGCGGGCCCCGGAGGAGAGACUGCAACCGAAGAGCCGGAAACAGAACCCGAUUUCACACUGGAUCCUCGGUUUACGCCAAGAUCAAAGAUCUCCAACUCUAGAGAUAUUGGCGAAGACGAGUUUGCCGACGAUCCCGAGGUCCUCCACUGCCGGUUGUCGGAUAAAGAGGUUAAGAUCAAAGAGAUGAUCUGGGCGAACCACAACAAGGAGUACAUGCGCCAAAUGCAACAGAAAAUCUUCAAUAAAAAGCUGGCUGAGAAUGAGCCGCCCAAACAACGGCGCAAUCGAGCCAAGAAGCCCCGCAUUGGCGAAGGCCAAGCUAGUCCAGCACAGUCUGCAGAAGAGGCUGCCGUCAACAUGAUGCGAGCGCGCGCUAUUAGCACGAAGCUCGACUACUCCAGACUCGGCCAGGUGUUCGACAUGUCCAAGCGCGGACCAGGAAGCAUGUACGAUGGUACGAGUUCAGUCGGCAGCCACAGCGCACUUCCAAGCAUAGCUGGCAGCGAGGUUGGUAGUGACGUUGAGAGUGACGGCGAAGACGGUCUUGUUCGUGGCGACGUCAUUCGCAGCUCUGUUGGAGCGUCUCCUGAUACCAACACUACAGCUCCGUCUGUCACGCAACCCGCGGCGGUAGAGAAAGCUGCCUCGGCUGCUGUCCCCGUAGAUGGCGGGGACGACGAGGCAGCUGAAGAUGAGUUUGACGGAAACGAGACCGAGUUCGGCGGCGCUGAUGCGUUUGAGGAGGAGACCUUUGUCGAGGACGAUUUUAAUCCUUUUGCCGAUGACGACAACGAGGGCUUUGGGGCCGGAGAUAUGGACGACGAAUGAAGGAAACUUUAGCUCUGAUGAACUGAGAUGGAUGAUACCCGGCGCAAGAGAUGCUACCUACCCCCUUUCCGGCUUUUUAUGCUUAUCCACUUGGGGAAUUAUUUGGCCGGUAUUGCAUUUUUACAUAUUUGUACCAACACCAACUCUAGCGAUAGAAGGAGGCUCUCGCCCCCUGUAGUAUCGGCCACGAUAUUGCCUACGGCAUGUAUUAUAGGAUAAACUAGGCAUUAGAACUAGCGGAGGGCAAAUAUUGUGAACGGGCAAAGCCCCCUCCGCCAGAGCGCAGAGCAAUCUACCAAAUGAUAACGUCAUAUUUUAUAAAGAA